UUCAAAGAAGUUACAACUGAUCUUAGACAGUACAUCAAUACAGUCUUUGAAUCUAUUUGUGAGGAAGCAACUGAAUUAAUUACAGAACUGGAUGUACAUGUAGCAUCAGUUGAAGCCUGGAAAGCUCACAUAGUCCGAAUAGUCAACCAGGAUUUGUGCAGAACUGAUAUGCUAGAACAUCUAGAACAAAAUCAAACUCUUUUGAUCCUAGAUUGGGCCAUGAAAUUUCUCCCCCUACAUUUUCGGGAAAAACAAAGUGACUGGUUUGCCCAGAAAGGAAUCAAUUGGCAUGUGACAGUGAGUGUUUUCAAGGAUGACAAUGGAGAUUUAAAGCAUAAAUCCUACACCCAUAUUUGUGAUGGAACAAAGCAGGAUUGGUUUUCUGUAUGCUCGGUGUUGGAGAAUGUGUUGACAACAUUGAAGAAGGAGCGUUCAUGUUUAACUGAGGCCUUCUUAAGAAGUGACAAUGCUGGAUGUUAUCACUGUGGACAUAUGUGGUUAGCACUCAAUGGUGUUAGCAGAAGAACAGGUGUGAAAAUCAGAAGAUUUGAUUAUAGUGAAGCCCAAGCAGGAAAAUCCUACUGUGAUUGUAAGAUUGCACAUAUGAGAGCAAAGAUCAAAGUCUAUGCAGCAUCAGGACACAAUGUGACAUCAGCUUCAGAUAUGAAGGAAGCAAUUGACUCUGGAUCAGGUGUAGUAGGAUGUCAGGCAGCUGUAGCCUCUGUAGAUACAAGGAACCAAACCCUUACUGCCCACAAGAUCAAAGGUGUGACAAGUUUCAACAAUAUCUGUUUUGAAGAUGACAGCAUCAGAUUUUUUAGAUAUUAUAGAAUUGGCGAGGGAAAUGCAGUGCCAUUAACUACUUUCCAAAACAUGGGAAAUUGUCAACAGGCCACCACAAGUAUCCGGAUAGAGGAAGAUUUCAAAAUACCUCAAAAUUCCAUGGGUAAAAUUACACAACCUCAAACAUCUGUACCACCUAGUACAAGCCCUUUAGUUAGUGAUACAUCUGAAUGUGCAGCUGAGCCAGAGAACAGUAAUGUGUUUUUUUGUACUGAGCCAGGAUGUGAGAAAAUGUUUCAGACAACCAAUGGUUUAGACAAUCACCUAUUUACAGGGAAACAUGUAUACAGUCUGCAAAAAAAGUCUACUUAUGAUGAAAUCAGAUUGAAGUGGGUUGAAAAAUGCAAUUCCCUUUUGAAAGAUACAUUACCAGCAAAGCCAGAUGAUGAUGAACUAAAAUUAAGCCUAUGUCAGACAAAUGAAACUAUAGCAACUGUUUCAAUUGGAUGGGCAAUGAAGAAGAACAGGAAGGUUGCUAGAUAUUCUGAGGCGAUCAAAAAGUACCUAACAGAUAUAUAUGAGGAAGGGGAACAAACCAACAUCAAGUCAAAUGCUAUAGAUGUAUCCAGAAAAAUGAAAUCCAUUAGGGAUUCCAAUGGCCACUUGUUAUUCAAGGCAACAGAGCGCCUACAACCUUCGCAAAUUGCUGCAUAUUUCUCUAGGUUAACAGUACUUUCCCGAAAAAGAGGACAGGGAAAAGGCGAAAACAUUGAGAUAGAUGAUACCCAGCUGGAUGCAGUUUUACAGGCAUUAGAGGAGAAAGAGUUGAGAGACGAGAUAGAGCACAUGUAAUUCAUUAAUACAAACGUGUGAGAUGUAAGUUACACGACAUGACAUAUGCUACCUGGUGUGAGAUUAUGAGAUGUUAGUAAUUUACAUCAUGUGAGAUGUAAGACUUGGUUAAGUUACAUGGUGUGAGAUGUACGUUACAUGGUGUGAGAUAUGUUACCUGGUGUGAGAUGUACAUUACAUGAUGCGAGAUAUGUUACCUGGUGUGAGAUGUACGUUACAUGGUGCAAGAUAUGUUACCUGGUGUGAGAUGUACAUUACAUGAUGCGAGAUAUGUUUUUACCUGGUGUGAGAUGUACGUUACAUAGUGCGAGAUAUGUUACCUGGUGUGAGAUGUACAUUACAUGAUGCGAGAUAUGUUUUUACCUGGUGUGAGAUGUACGUUACAUAGUGCGAGAUAUGUUACCUGGUGUGAGAUGUACGUUACAUAUUGCGAGAUAAGUUACCUGGUGUGAGAUGUACGUUACAUGGUGCGAGAUAUGUUACCUGGUGUGAGAUGUACGUUACAUAUUGCGAGAUAAGUUACCUGGUGUGAGAUGUACGUU